AUGCCUUUGGUAAGGGAGGCUCUAGCCCCACAGCGUUUCUCGCGCGUCGUUUUCCUCGACAUCGACGGUGUCCUGAAUCGAACUCGUGCAGCAACCCACAUACGCCUGGAUGAGGAUUUGAUGCCGCUAUUGAAGGAUUUGGUUGAGCGUGGUGAUGUUGGCAUUGUGCUCUCCACAUAUUGGCGGCAUUUCACUGAGUAUAUUGCGUACGUGUUGACAAGGUUUGAAAUUCCUUCGUGGCGUGUCAUGGGGGCUACACCUGGUUUGGGCCAUUUGGAUGGAAGCUGCUUCGAUGACCAGGUCUAUGCCAGCAGAAGCGAGGAAAUUUGCGCGUGGCUGCAGGAUCAUCCAGAAGUGUCUGGCUUUGUGAUCCUGGAUGACCGACGCACAGCAGGCCUGGGUGUGCUGGCACAUCACUUCGUCCAUUGCAGGCAAGUGAGCACUGGACAUGAUAGUUGCAGAUAUUUUGAGUUUGGGUCCGAAUCAGUAGCUACCCAGCACCAGGAGCGAGGUCGGCUUGACGAAGGAGGACGUGUUGUUGGCGCUGGAGAUCUUGCAGCAGCCCCGUGCUGA